CCCGUUCCCGCUUACUCGAUGCACUUUUCUUUCAUCUUCAUUCCGUGAUACAUCCGGGGAAACACAACACGGGAGGCACUCUUGGAUUUGUUCGCUCGCGAGUGAGAAAAUCUGCACCGUGGAUGCAGCCGGGAGCCGGCAGUGGCGGGGCCCACGUGGGUGGGACAGGUGACGAUGAGGCCCCGAAGGAUCCGGGGGCACGGAUCACUCAUCAUUACACGGAAAAGGAUUAUGAAGGUCACAGGGCGCACACGGUGUACGUGGGCGUGCAUCUGCCAGGGGAGAGGAGACAUCGUCGGCACCAUAAGCACCAUCAUUCACAACGACAGUCGUACCCCUGCGGUAAAGAGGAUGCCGACAACGACAGACCAAUCACUCCACCAGCCCAGAGAGUGCAGUUUAUCCUCGGCGAGGAAGUCGGCGACGAUGCGCACGAAUCGCAUCCGCUCUUCGCGGAGAUGGAGGAGCUAGUCAAGGAGGGCGAUGAGAUGCAAUGGAAAGAGACGGCAAGAUGGAUCAAGUUCGAAGAAGAUGUCGAGGAAGGUGGCAAUAGGUGGAGCAAACCUCACGUUGCCACAUUAUCCCUACACUCACUCUUCGAGUUGAGGAGUCUGCUUUUAAAUGGAACCGUCAUGCUCGAUAUGGAAGCAGCCAGUUUGGAACAGAUAGCUGAUCUCGUUCUUGAUAACAUGAUUAAUAAAGGAGUACUGUCGGUUGAAUUGCGAGAAAAGGUGAAAGAAGCCCUUCUCGUGAAACAUCGGCACCAGCACGAAAGACGUAAAGACAAUAACAUGUCGAAGUUACCGAUCAUAAGAUCGUUAGCUGAGAUAGGACGCAAUCAUUCCUCAUCGAAAAAUUGCGACUGUUCAUGUGGUAUGCAUGCCUUGUUGACGUCAGAUUUGCAGGAGCGUCCUAAGGAUGCCUAUGUACCCUCCGUCGCCCGCAGCAGCAGCUGCCCAAACUCGGACACGGCGCCGCUGUCGAAAGAGGCGAAAGACCUCAAAGGGCCGUACCUUCUGGUUCCAGUGGAGGAAUCGAAUUCCGCUCCGGCAAUCGCCGGCGCAACAAGUCAUGGCAGUGGAGCAACGCUGAAUGUUGGUAGCCGCUUCCUUACGAUACCUGGCAAUCCCGGUCAAGAACCAGGCAGCAACGGUAUAGAUCGGAGUCCCAGCAGCGUGUCCAUCACCAGGAAUCACAGCUCCUCCGCAUUAGAAAAUGGAGAUGCUAAUCACAAGGGUAAUACGCACUUUAUGAGAAAGAUACCAGCCGGCGCCGAAGCGAGCAACAUACUUGUGGGUGAGGUCGAUUUCCUCGACAAGACUUUGUCCGCCUUCAUCCGACUAAGCCAGGCUGGGAUAAUGGGUGACCUGACAGAAGUUCCUGUUCCGACGAGAUUCAUCUUUGUUCUUCUGGGACCUAUGAGUGGCAAUUCGAGUUUCCACGAGAUCGGUCGGGCUAUGGCGACCUUGAUGUCCGACGAAAUUUUCCACGACGUGGCGUAUAAAGCAAAAAACAGAAAUCAUCUCUUAUCUGGUAUCGACGAGUUCCUGGAUGCCGUGACGGUAUUACCACCCGGUGAAUGGGAUCCGACAAUCCGAAUAGAACCGCCGGCCGCUAUACCGUCGCAGGAAAUCAGGAAGAGGCCCAAGGAGGAAAAGCCUAAGGAAGACUUCGACGAGGAGGCUGACGAACAGAAGCUGAGAGAGGAGUCCGGUCUUUCGAGGUCCGGAAGACUAUUCGGCGGAUUGAUUAACGAUGUUAAGAGGAAAGCUCCGUUUUAUUUAUCCGAUUUCAAAGAUGCCCUGGCGCUUCAAUGCGUGGCCUCCUUCAUCUUCUUGUACUUCGCCUGCUUGUCACCUAUAAUUACCUUCGGUGGACUCCUCGGCGAGGCUACCGGGAAGAACAUGGCCGCGAUGGAAUCGCUGGUUUCCGGUUUCGUUUGCGGCAUAGGAUAUGGAUUCUUUUCCGGCCAACCGUUAACAAUACUCGGUUCUACCGGUCCUGUUUUGGUUUUCGAGACAAUCGUUUACGAAUUCUGCAAAAAGGUCGACUGGAAUUACAUGUCCUUUCGCUUCUGGAUCGGCACAUGGACCGCCGUGAUUCUAAUGAUUCUCGUGGCUCUUGACGCGAGUGCUUUCGUCUGUUACAUCACUCGAUUUACAGAGGAGAAUUUUGCCACUCUCAUCGCCUUCAUCUUUAUCUACAAGGCUGUCGAGAAUGUGUUGUCGAUCGGCAAGAAAUAUCCCUUGAACACCUAUUCGAGUGAAACGUUGGACUACGAUUGCUGGUGCAAACCACCAAACAUCAGUCUACCAUCCAGUUAUGACAACAUGAAUUGGUCAACAUUGGAUACGACAGCUUGCGAGAAUUAUAAUGGUACGAUGGUUGGCGACGGCUGCAAUGCACCGCAUUAUGUACCCGAUGUGUUCCUCAUGUCAAUUAUUCUAUUUAUGGGCACGUUCUUAUUGUCAGUCGAGCUCAAGGAUUUCAAGAACGCUUUAUUCUUUCCCUCGAAGGUAAGACAAGUGGUGAGCGACUUCGCAGUAUUAAUCGCGAUAUUCUCUAUGAGCACAUUGGAUCAUUUCGUGGGCAUUCCAACGCCGAAGCUGGAGGUACCGACGGAAUUCAAACCAACAUUAGAGGGACGAGGAUGGAUUAUAUCGCCUUUUCAUCAUAAUCCGUUGUGGAGUGCUAUCGUCGCAUGUCUCCCCGCUUUGUUGGGCACUAUAUUGAUCUUCAUGGAUCAGCAAAUUACAGCCGUUAUUGUUAAUAGAAAAGAGAACAAGUUAAAGAAAGGAUGCGGAUAUCAUCUGGACCUCUUUAUCCUGGCUAUUCUAAUCGAGAUAUGCUCGGUAAUGGGACUUCCAUGGUUCGUCGCAGCGACGGUCCUCUCCAUAAAUCACGUGAAUUCCUUAAAGUUGGAAUCCGAGUGCGCCGCGCCGGGUGAGAAGCCCCGGUUUUUAGGUGUCCGCGAGCAGAGGGCUACUCAUAUAUUGAUUUUCUUGAUGAUCGGAUGCUCGGUAUUCCUAACACCAAUGUUGAGGAACAUACCGAUGCCGGUGUUGUUCGGUGUCUUCCUGUACAUGGGCGUCGCGUCGCUGAAGGGUCUGCAAUUCUUCGAUAGAAUUCUGAUUAUGCUGAUGCCCGUCAAGUAUCAACCAGACUACAUGUUCCUUCGGCAGGUGCCAUUGAAGCGCGUACAUAUGUUCACUGUGAUCCAGCUUACCUGCCUCGCCUGUUUAUGGAUUAUAAAAUCUUUCAGUUCUACUUCUAUCCUAUUUCCUUUAAUGCUCGUGGUAAUGAUCGGUAUACGUAAAUCCCUGGACCUGAUGUUUACGCAACGCGAGUUGAAGAUCCUCGACGACGUAAUGCCGGAACCGAGCAAGAAACACGCCGACGAUCUUCGCAAACUGGAGAACGGCGAGGAUCCGACUGAGACGAUGGGAUAUGGACCGGGAAAUAUUCAAAUUUCUUUGGCUAACGGGAACAUUAUGAAGAUUCCUCUGGCAAGUAUCAAUAUCAGCGAGGAGGUGAAUAAGACCGGUAUCUGGCAACAGGUCAACGAAGGCAACGAAAAGUCGAAGCAAUCGAAAUCACUAAUCAAUGUGGGAAAACAAAAGAAGCACCCGAAGAAGGACAACUCGCUGUUAGCCGACGAGACAACGAGACUGACGACGAUGACCGAAGAGGACGAAGAUGACAGUGGAAUCUCGAUCAAGGUGACAAACGUAAAUGACUCUAAAUUCUAACUACCAUCACCAUCACCAAAAACCGACAAUUCAUAUGGCAAGACACACAGCAAGAGCACCAACACACCGGCAUGCAACAUAUCCCAUGCACCGCCGCUGUGAGUAAAUUUUCAAGCGAGGACGGCAUGACAGUCCUCGUCGAGUCGACGUAAAAGCGAAUUCAGACAUGGACGACUCGUCGUAGAAAAAAUGGAUUUUCGUAGACGACGAGAAUGUGACGAUAAUCACGCUUUUAUCAUAUAACAAUGACAGUAUAACAACGGCUAUACAUGAAAUAUUAAUUCGCGACUGUAAUGCACGCAAUUCCGCGUGACUUAGUUUUUAGAUUCGAAGCUUCAUUUUACUCUAGACGUAUAAAAAUAUCAUUGUAUAAUUAUUCAAACAAAAAGAGUUUUUUUUUUAUUUUAUUAUUGUUACGAAUUCAUUUAUUACAUUAUAUGUCUAACUACAUUUCAUUCUUUUCGUCGUAUAGCAACAUAAUCAUCUAUGAGAUUCAGCUUUGCAAUUCGUGCUUAUAGAAAUAUAUACGGACGUGUCCUGCGUUGAUUCGUGCAACAAAGUAAUUAAGCACUGAUUGAGAAGACGUUACAUGUACGUCUGGACUCAUUUCUUAUCGAUGCCCAUAUUUCACCUUCAUAUUACUUAUCAUGUAUGCAGUAGUUAAUUUUGUAAUUAUAUGCAUUUUGUUAUAUAAGAGGGAUAACCAUGCAUCCAAAAUGAUCGAAGAAAGACGUAAAAUGCGAAUUUAAGAAGAAAUAGACUGAUAUAACGUUUUCUCUCUUUGUAGAAAAUGGAAUGAACGCAUCUAUAAUUGCAUGUUCCUUUUUUCAUUACGUUAUUAACUGUUUUUUUUACCGUUGCAUGGAUAUUAAAAAACUGCUUUUUUCGUCAUUUCAUUAUAUCAAUACAAUGCAUAAAUAAAAGAAAAAAUC